ACAGCAUCAGACCAAAGAAGCAGCAAGAUGGCCUUCAAAGUCGCAGCUCUUCUGUCUACGCUCACACUCAUAUAUCUUUUGUCUGCCCUGCUUUUCACAUCAGGUCUCUCACAGUCUUACCCAAUUUCCCUAACCGUCUACAACUCCCUUAGUAAACAGAACAAUUUGACUUUCACCACUGACAUUGCAUACAGAGGAAUCCUAAUUGGUGCUAUGAAGAAGAUACAAGCAGCAAAUAAAAAAUUCAGAUUCAAAACAAUAGAGGAUCCAAACUAUGGUCCAUUUCUUGUAAGUGUGAAUGGACUGGCAGGGAACAAUGAAGAGCAUACAUAUUGGGAGCUUCUUGCUGAACGAAAGGGCAAGAUAAUAGUACCUGAUGUGGGUAUUGGAUGCUUUAUACCAGAACCGAAUGAUAAGGUUAUCCUCAAAUUCACCACCUGGUAAUCCAGAAGUAUGAAGUUCUUUAACGGUGCUGUAAUUUAUAGCUCCGGUCUCUUUUUUUAGUCAUCAGGAAAAAAAGCAAAAUACAUUAUCGUUAACUGGUGAAAUAAAUUACAUCUGUCUGAAUUCUCUUUAACAAAUCAAGUUCAAAUUUUAAAAAAUUAAAUGUAUUUCUUUGUCUUGUUAAAAUCAUUGUUAAAGGGGUUUAAGAAAUGUCUUUUGGAAAUUCUUUCUUUGACAUCAUGAAAACUCUAUCAUACAUUAUAUAAGCUUCCUUUACCCCCCUGGUUAUUAAUUUUAUUCAUUCAUUAUUCAAU